UAACCUUGGUAACGAAGUCGUACGUCGUCUCCUCGUGUCGUUUUCCCUGCCCACCUAAAAUACACGAGCGUUUCACUUUUACAGGCAAGCAUGGCUUCUUCGGCUAAGAGGAGAGCGGUGGGUUUAGAUAAAAAUCCUGAAGAGAGCGAGAAUAGCUCUGAAGAGAACCCAGAGGAUGAUGACGAAUCUGCCGAUGAGGACAGCGAUGAAGAGAUCAAUGAGGAGGUUUUGGUGGACUUCGAAGCUCACGCCAUUUCCCACAACGACCACAACGGCAUCAAGAAACUGUUGCAAAGGCUCUUCCUGAAGAGCCAUGUAGAUAUAUCAGAGAUGACUGACAUCAUUAUCCAGCAGAACCACAUUGGAAGCGUCAUCAAGCAAGCUGAAGUACCCGAGGACAGCGACGAUGAUGAUCCAGAUGAAGUGUUUGGCUUCAUCACCAUGCUCAAUCUUACUGAGAGAAAGGGUGUGCAGUCAGUGGAGGAGGUCAAAGAUCUGAUUCUGGACCAGUGUGAGAAAAACGCUCCUCACAACAUAACUGAACAGCUUGAGAAGAUCUUCAGCGACACAAGCAAGCCUGUAGGUCUGCUGCUGUGUGAGCGCUUCAUCAACGUACCUCCACAGAUUGCCCUUCCUCUGCAUAAACAACUUCAGGUAGAAAUGGCUGAAGCCCAGAGGACAAAUAAACCCAGUGGGAGGUGUCACUACUGCCUGAUGAUCAGCAAGACCUGCAAAGAGGCAACCAAAAGUAUCCCAGCCAGAGGGGGGGCUCCCAAAGAGGAGUACAUCUUCAUUAAUGCAGAGGAGGAAUUCUUUCAUGAGCAAGCUAUCGUAAAGUUCCACUAUUCAGUCCAAGAGGAUACUGAUUCCUGUCUGAGUGGCAGGUGGUCGUUUGAUGACGUUCCCAUGAAGCCUUUCAGGACCGUGAUGGUCAUGCCUAUGGACAGAAUGCCAGCUGUAAUGGAAAAGCUAAAGGAAUAUCUAACUGUUUGAACAGAGACUCUAAAUGAAGACCUGCAGUCAUGGAAAUGAUGCAAGAGUCCUUUGGGUUUUGGUUCAAACAUCAACUGCUUUAUCUCACAUUUAAUUUUGUGGUUUAAUAAUUAAAACAUAAAAAAAUAAACAGUCAUUUUCAGUGACGGGCAGAAACAAUGCCAGAAGUUACAAAUGACUGAAUCCAGAUUCAGAAACACAUCAGUUGUUUAAAUGGUUUAGUCUACCUGAACCGUUUUCAAAUAAAGAUCCUUUAAUAUACUUUACAAACACA